ACGUCAUCACGUAUGUGCCGUCACGCUGGUUGUCGUAGCAAUCCGUCCGCUCGCCGUUUCCUGACUUGUGCAGGGCAGUAAGACAAGAAGACCACCAUGGUGCUGAACCCUGUCAUUUCUAAGCUUGCUGGUAAACUGGUUGUGCUGGCCAGUGCUUCUCCUAGGAGACAGGAGAUUCUCAGCAAUGCGGGCUUACGGUUUGAGUUGGUACCAUCUUGGUUUAAAGAAACACUUGACAAGGGACUAUUCAAAGCACCUCAUGAGUACGCUGUUGAGACAGCCAAACAGAAGGCCCUGGAGGUGGCCAGGAGGAUGCCCUUUAAACAUCUGAAGACUCCCGACAUAGUAAUUGGAGCAGACACUAUUGUGACUGUAGAUGGCAUGAUUCUGGAGAAGCCAGUGGACAAGCAAGAUGCUUACAGGAUGCUGUCAAGCUUGAGUGGAAAAGAGCACAGUGUCUUCACAGGUGUAGCUAUCAUCCUUUGCCAUGAGAAAGAAAACGAUGAGGUGGAUUACCAGUUAAUAGACUUCUAUGAAGAAACAAAGGUGAAGUUUGCUGAUCUCUCAGAAGAUAUGCUGUGGGAGUACAUCAAUAGUGGUGAACCCAUGGACAAGGCCGGCGGUUACGGUAUUCAAGCUCUUGGCGGUAUGCUUGUGGAGUACGUCCACGGGGACUUCCUCAAUGUUGUGGGUUUCCCUCUUAACCACUUUUGCAAACAGCUUGACAUAAUUUACAACCGCUUGGGGCUAGAAAGUGGGUCUGUCCUCAACAACGGCACUCAUUUGAUACUCACUGAGCCCUCACCCAACCUGCCAGCUUCAUCCAAAAACAGCUCCUCAUCUAGCCCCAGACCCAAAAGUCCCUCUGCCAUUCAAACAAACGGCACCCAGAGCAGCCCUUCAGACAGUCCCAUCCAUAAGGUCAAACGAAAAGGCACUGAAAGUGAAGUGGGUGAGAGUUCCUGGACAUUGGUCAACAGCUUGUCUAAACAUACAGAUGACGCAGAGACUGAGUUCAGAGACUCUGAGAAUACAAAGUUACCACCAACAACCAGCAGAGGGCACACGAUUGGCCAUAAUGUGACAGAGCCUGAGGACAGUGGACCCAAGAAAGAGGAGCUGCAGCGAAUCAUUGAACUGAUGGAUGGAUUCAAAGCCUCAAAGGCACUGUUUACCGCAUCCGAGAUGCGUGUGUUCGACGUGCUACAGAGCCAGCCAGGGCUGGAUGCAGCACAGGUGGCCCAGGAGAUCAAAGCCUCUGAAAAAGGGACUGAAUGCCUGCUUGAGGCUUGUGUGUCUCUGGGACUGUUGAAGAGCAAAGAGAGAAAAUACCAGAGGCCAGUGUACAAGAACACCGACUUGGCAAAGCGUCUUUUACGGUCAGAUGCUCCUUUUUCUCUGCAUGGCUACAUCCAGCACUGUAACAACACUGUGUGGCCUCUUUUCUCCCACCUGGAGAGUGCUGUGAGGGAGGGAAGCAACCAACAUGAGAAGGCUUUCGGCAAGAAAUCUAAGGAUGUGUUUCAGGAUACUUUCUACAGUAGUCAAGAGAUCAAACUGAGAUUCAUGAAUGCCAUGCACAGCAUCGCUAAAGUUACAGGAAAAGCUAUAGCAACAGCUUUUGACCUCUCUCGUUUCAAAACCGCCUGUGACCUUGGAGGAUGUACAGGUGCCAUGGCUUAUGAGUUUACUAAAGCCCAUCCUGGCUUGUCUGUGACAGUGUUUGACUUGCCAGCUGUUGUUGAAAUGAGUGAACAUUUCCAUCCGCUGCACACAGACAACAGAGUAUCAUUUGUAGCAGGAGACUUCUUCAAAGACGAGUUGCCUAAAGCUGACUUGUACAUCCUUGCAAGAAUUCUCCAUGACUGGCCUGAUGAGAAAGUGCACUUCCUGCUGAACAAAAUCGCAGAUGCAUGUACACCAGGCUGCGGAUUCCUGCUGAGUGAGAUCUUCCUGGAUGAAGACCGAAGGGGUCCGAGUCGUGGGCUGCUCCAGGCCCUCAGUAUGAGCCAGGGGAAACAGAGGGGCGCAACAGAAUACAGUCUGCUUUUGGAGAGCCAUGGUUUCAUCACAGCACAAGUCAGACAUACAGACAACUUCCUGGAUGCCAUGCUCUGCAUCAAAGUGUGACUGACAACACUCUCUGCAAGACUAUAUAUAGGGUCUUGUGAUAUAUAUUGUGGGUAACAUUUGCAAAAAACAAAAGCUAAUGUGAGAACUGUUCUUAUGAUGAAGUGACUCACUAAAGUAAGUAAUUCAAUAAGUGUUCAGCACUACCCUUUUUUUGGCAAAUUGACAAAGACAAGGCAACUGUAGGUAGAUGUUUUUGUGCCAUUUAAAUUAAGUAUUAUUUUUUUAAUUAGCCACUGUAUAAUUGUCCAAUACACUAAGCACCAGAACAAUCUCUUGUGUUGGGCCAUAGGAUGUGCAGUGCUUAUAGCUGAGACCAUGUUGGAUGGACAGACAGCCUACUCUACUCUGCAGUCUCUUAACAUGCUGGCCCAGACUGAGGGACUGGAAAGGACAGAGAGCCAGUAUGCAGACUUGUUGAACAAACAUGGAUUU